CUCGGUUUUUACCCUCAGAACAAACGACCAAAGACAGACAUAUCUGGCUGCUGCAUGGACUACACGUCGAAGGCCGUAUUGUCAUUGAUGCCGGUGCGCACCGUGCCAUAUGUCGCGUGAACAAGGCUGGCUUGCUGCCUGCGGGUGUUUUGCGGGUGGAAGGUCAUUUUGCUGCUCAGCAGGCCGUUUCACUGUGUACGGAGCAGGCGGACGGGUCGCUGCAUGAGGUGGCUCGGGCUCUGAGCAACUAUGCUGCGAGUGAAGUUGAGCGGAUCAAGGGCCACCAGAGCAGCGAGGUGGUCGGGCUGCUUGGAUAUGCGGACACGGAAUAUGUCUGCCACAGAGACAACAUAGCCUUCCUCUAGACAACCUACUUAUUGCAAGAGGCAAUGAGCGUGUACAAUCCAGAGAGCGUCAGAGACGUCGCAGAGUCUCUCGGCAUACCCCAUGUCGCAGAGGAAGUCUGCCGCACACUUGCACAGGACGUCGAGUAUCGCAUCCACGCCAUCAUCCAGGAAGCAACCAAGUUUAUGCGCCAUGCGAAACGGACAACCUUGCGCGUCUCAGACAUUGAUCAUGCGCUGCGAGCUCUCAAUGUUGAGCCAGUCUAUGGCUUUGCGGCGCAUAACCCCAUCAAAUACAGGGAAGCGCCCAUUGCAGCGGGUCAACCACCGCUGUACUAUGUCGAGGACGAGGAGAUUGAGUUUGAGAAGCUGAUGCAGAUGCCGCUGCCUAAAGUACCGAGAGAGGUCGCGUAUACUGCGCACUGGCUUGCCGUCGAGGGUGUCCAGCCAGCGAUACCUCAGAACCCUGCGCCGCAAGAAGUCGCGACCCAGGAAGAGACAGAGGCUGCAACGACAGAGGUCAAGCCGCUCGUCAAGCAUGUUCUAUCGAAGGAACUACUGCUCUAUUUCGAACGCAUUAGUAAAGCAUUGUUGGAUGAAGACAAUGAGACGAUGCGACAGGCGGCAUUGGCAUCCUUACGCAGUGACCCAGGCUUGCACCAGCUCUUGCCCUACAUCAUUCAAUUCAUUGCGGAAAAGGUCACGCAUAAUCUACGCAACCUGUUUGUGCUCGAGACGAUGAUGCGUGUUGCUGCGGCCGUCCUUGAGAAUGCAAAUCUCUUUGUUGAGCCAUAUAUUCAUGGCUUGAUCCCUUCGUUGCUCACUUGCAUUGUUGCAAAGAAGCUAGGGAGCGGCACAGACGAUCACUACAGUCUGCGUGACUUGGCCGCUUCGAUUCUGGGUGCGCUAUGUGAUCGUUUUGGAGAAUCAUUUACGUCGCUCAAGCCAAGAGUCACCAAGACAUUGCUCAGGGCAUUCCUCGAUAACAAGAAGCCACUUACGACACAAUACGGCGCUAUUCGAGGCUUGACGCGUAUGGGUCCAGAAGUUGUGCGUGUCUUGGUCUUGCCCAAUACCAAGAUUUACGAGCUUGUGCUCCAGCCAGAAUUGAAGGAAGGCAAAGAAGAGGCGAAGAAGUGUCUUGAGGCGCUACAGGAGGCCAUUGAGACGAUCGCAGAAGAGCAAGUGGGACAGGUGGCGAUACCAGAUGAUGUACGCGAUGUGCUCAAUGAGCGUGUGGGCGUGCUUCUCACUGACUAUGUCCUUGCAAAGCAGGAUGACCGGCUGGUCCGCGUCUUGCUCUCGACAUGAGGAAGGCAUCGCUUAGC